AUGCGAUCGAAUAAACGCCCUCGCCCUGCGGGCAACCAUGCCAUCUUUCGCGUCGUCUCCUUUCCUGGCCCUUCAUCGGCCACGUCUGAUCAGCGAACAGUGCCUUCGCCCGCGAUGACGGCGCCCGAUUCAGCACUUCCGCUGACUUCGUCGGAGUCCUCUACGCCGGGCUCCAAAAUCGCCAUCCCCCGUGUCUCCCAGCUUCGAACGUUCGGCAAUCGACGCGUCAGGAGAGCCUGCCUCGAGUGCCGCAAACAGAAGACGAAAUGCAACGGACAAACGCCGUGCAGUCGGUGCAUCAGCCUCAGCAUCGAGUGCACCUACAUGGAUGGAAAGCGGGAGGUGACGGAGAAACGGCUACAAGAUCUGGAGAAACAGGUGCAGGCCUACGACAGGCUGCUUCAGGAGAUCCAACCGCGAGUGGAUAACCAGGACAAGGAUCUCAUCGCAAGGACACGAGCUCAAUUUGCGAGCCUAGAGCCAGAUCCUGCGAAUGUCGAACACGCGCCCCACCCUUCUACGCUUCCCCAGAUUCGCUCCUUCGGUAUCGAGUACAUCCAGGAAGAUUUUCACAAGGACAAGGGCUUGCAAGCCAUUGGAUUCAUGGGUGGACCGUCGGAGAUGUCAUGGAUCAAUGAGUUGUACCAGGUCCUCGAGAAGGACACCCCAUUCUUGGACAACGAGGCUUCGAACAAAUCGCAAUCCUUGACAUCGGUCUGUUAUUUUCUGGACGACGAGGAGCUGAUUUUAGAUCCAAACAUCGAUCCCUACGGACGACCACCGCGUCAUAUUGCCGAUCAACUACUCGACUGCUAUUUCUUCACCGUCCAUCCGUCCUUCCCGAUCAUCGCCAAGAUUCCGUUUAUGCAGCAGUACGAGAUGUACUACACGCGGACAGACAUUCAGCCGACGAAGCGAUGGCUUACGAUCCUAAAUCUGGUCUUUGCGCUGGCGUCGAAGUUUGCUCAGCUGGUCUCGAAGCCAUGGGUUCUAGAAGCGGACACUCCGAUGACUUGUUUCACGAGAGCGCGCAAGCUCAACUACAGCGAGAGCCAGCUGCUAGAACAUCCCAAUCUUCAACAGGUUCAAGUCGAGGGCCUGACGGCGUUCUUCUUGAUGGCAAUCGGUCACAUCAACCGCUCCUGGAGAGCUUGUGGUGUUUCUGUUCGAUCGGCCAUUGCGCUCGGUGUGAAUCUGCGCAGCGAGAGUAAAGAAACAUCCAAUCUCUCGAAAGAGAUUAGAUAUCGGGUUUGGUGGUCGCUAUAUACGCUCGAGAACACGUUAUCCAUCAUGACCGGUCGGCCUACGAGUGCACCAGACAAAUACAGCACGACACCUCUGCCCAUUCCUUUUGACGAGGAACAAUUCAGGGAACCGAUAGCCUCGCGCCUUCUCACGGACUUUCGGGCGCGCACUGAUUACAUGCAGGGCCUGACAUCUCAGCGGCGGCCUAGUCCUAUUGGGUGGGAUUCGCCCAGAAUGAACCCUGUUUUUGGGCAGGACCCGUUGCCGAGCCCGAUGGAUAUUUCUCCCAGCAAUUCCUUCUACUUUUUCUAUUUCGUUGAUCUCACCGUGAUCAUGCGUCGGGCUAUUGACUCGCUCUACAGUCCCGGGUUUGCACGCCGGCCGUGGCUAACCAUCAGCGCCUCGAUCAUGGAUUUAGUUCAGGAGACAGACGAAUGGCUAAGUCGUGUCCCUGCUGUGUUCCAGUGGAGGAUGAGUCAUCCUUCAACUCACUUCGAACGUCAACGAUGGAGUUUGGCUUUUCGAUUCUACAGUCUGCGCAUCGCUCUCAGUCGACCGUCACUUUGCCGCUCCGAGCGGCAGCGAUCUCCCAACGAAGCGUCAGCACUCAGUCAGCAACGGAUCGCAAGGAUCUGCAUCGACUCGGCAUGCGAGCUGCUGGAUCUACUGCCAGAUAAGCCGGAUGCGCUUUGGCUUGUCCAGGUAUCGCCCUGGUGGUGUGUUCUGCAUUAUUUCAUGCAGUCUAUAACCGUACUCCUAAUUGAAAUGGAGUUUUGUGUCCGGUUCCACGCCGAUGGAGCGUCGCAUAUUACUCUGCAUCUGGAGAAGGGCCUCGACUGGCUGCACAGCCUGGGUGCGAUCAGCAUUCCGUCUCGCCGAGCUUGGGAGGUUUGCAACAGCAUAUAUAACCGCCUGUUCUUCGGGCCGGACCCUCGAGCGGCGGUGUUGUCAGACUUGCGCGUCUUCUCACCCGAGAGGGAUUCGCACAGCUCCAGUCUCACCUCCCCAACAGCGCUGUCACCGGCUUUCGAGGCGGCCGAGUUUACGGAUGGUGCGUCAUUCGGCGAGCCAUUCCCGAGGCUGCCGCAUAACAUGACGGUCCAUCCUUCCAUCCAGACACCGUAUGAUGAGAUUCCCCUCUACAAGAAUCCAAAUUAG